AUGGAGAUGGUCCUCAUCUUCACCUUCUGCCUGAUUCUAGCUGGUACUGAUGCUGUAACUACAGUAACUGGAUACAGAGGACGAUCAGUUCAGAUUAAAUGCUUUUACACAUCUGGACAUGAAAAGAGCACAAAGUAUCUCUGCAGAGGACGAUGUUCUGUUGUGCGCAUAAAAGACAUUCCUGUUGAUUCUAAAUCUCCUGCUAAAGACUCCAGAUUCUCUCUGUAUGACGACACAACAGCCAAAGUCUUCACCGUCACCAUCACUGAUCUGAGACCAGAGGAUGAAGGAACUUACUGGUGUGCGAUAGAGAAGACAUGGCAUGAUAUUUACACAGAGAUUCUGCUUCUGGUUAAAACAGAUGAUCCUUCCAUCAGUACUGUCUCACACACCACACACUCCACUUCAACACACUCAAUGAGCACAUCAGUGCAUGCUGAGGAAACACACUCAUCAUCAGGGCCGUCGGGGAAUGGGCAGUGGCCGGAGCUUUCCGGAGGUAGGCUGGUGGGAGUCCUUGGCCCUGGCGCACACCGGGCACGCCUGAAUGAACUCUUCAACGUCCCUCCUCAUGGUGGGUCACCAAAACGCCAGUUUUACAAACUGUAG